AGAUAUAAAUAGUUAGUUGCAAUAUGACCAGAGUGAGGGUCGGAUGUGUUCACUUAUUGAUUGCUGUGUCCACUGUGUGGGUAACACAGGCCCAAAUGGGCUUUGUAUUCCCACCCGUUAGAAUACAAGCUUUUUCACCUAGAGGUAUAAGAGUGUCUGUACCCGACGUUGAAGGCAUCACAGCAUUAUUGUUCGAUGGUAACAUAAACAAAAGAAUUAUGUAUGAUAAAGGCAAUAUACACGGUUUCGUCACAACAAAGACCAAUGGCUACUGGGUGCUGGACGAUCCUACCGUAGAACUACAUUCGGGUGACGUGAUUAACUACAAUGUUCUCUUAGAGACAGGAAAAUUCGAGAAUUCUCCAAUAUUCAAUGGCCAUUUCAAGUCACAGCAACGCUAUGUCGUAUUCAAUUUAGAAAGGCGAUCACCAUCAGAUACAUCACUUACUAUUGCCGAAUCCAAAAAUAUAAAAUGCAAUCAGUCGGUAACUGUUGUGUUUAACAAUAAUACUCCAAUAUGCUCUGGUCAGAUAAUAUUUGAAGAAGACUACGGCACGCUUAAAGAAGACGUAUGGCAAAUCGAGCAGUAUAUACCCACUGAGGAUCCUGCUUACCCAUUUGUAUCAUACCAACGGUCAGCUGUAUCAGUGGCAAACAUGGCUCUUCACAUCGCAGCUAAAUUGCAGCAAACAGAACCAGGGUUCACUAGCUCCUCGCUAUAUACUUUUACUUUGGAUCUCACUGAUGGAUGUACGGGCCAAAUGUGUAAAAAGCAACCUUCAGGAGCUGACAUUCUUCCACCUGUCAUAUCCGGUCGUAUAACAAGCAAAAAUUUUGCUUUUAAAUAUGGAACCGUGAUAGUUAGAGCAAAGAUGCCCAAAGGAGACUGGCUGUAUCCAGAAAUAUUAUUACAACCAUUGAUUAGAAAUUAUGGAGACACAAACUAUGCUUCAGGUAUAAUUAACAUCGCUUCAGCCCGUGGCAAUGAAUACUUAGUUGCUAACUCCAAAGACUAUGGAAGGCAUGUCUUAUACGCAGGACCAAUAAUGGACCUGAAAUGCCGUGAACAACUGUUACAAAAUAAAAUAUUAGUUAACAAAUCGUGGGCAGACAACUUUCAUGAAUAUUCCCUUCGUUGGACACCCCAGUACCUAACAUUCUCCGUGGACAAAGAAGAUUGGAUACACAUCGAGCCAGGCGCCCGUGGACUAGUGUCUCGGUUCCCUGAUAAUUGUACAGACCUGCCGCGCGAACGGCUCGCCUCGUCUAGCGAACUUGCCCCGUUUGAUGAUCUGUUCCACAUAAGUCUUGGACUAGCAGUUGGUGGUUCCACGGAAUUUAAAGAUGAUCUCACAACUAAAGCGGACUGGCCGAAGCCGUGGCGGAACUCUGCACGCAAGGCCAUGCUGAACUUCUGGAAAGACAUAGACGCCUGGUACCCGACGUGGAAACAGCCAGAACUCUUGAUAGAUUAUAUCAAAGUAAUAGCUUUGUAAUUAACCACUUAAGCAUCUCGAACGAUACCCAUCUCGAGCAUCAAAUGUGUUCCGAUUUGCGCUGUCCCGAGUACCUCUCGCCACUUAUAAAUAUUAUGUUUAUAUUUUUAUCUCGAGCGAUACCUUCUCGCCCGUUUAUAUUUCAUAGAGCUUAGUAUAUAUUUAUUGUAUGCUCGUUCGAAUUUAGUCCGUACGACAGUUGACUUAAUUUCACAGUAAAACCCUCGCAUUAAGUGGUUAAUUAUUAUAUUUUUAGCUAGCUAACCAACAGAAUUAUUUCUGUUAAAAGCUUUUGGACUAUUACUGGCGACUAUUAUAUAUGGCGUGAAUUUAUUGGGUACAAAGGAAUAACAUCCGAGUCCUCAGGAAUGGCAGCGCAUGGGGGGUAUCAUGGGCGAAACAGUAUACUCUGUUAUGUCCAUGGUACUGCUCAUAUCCAUAGGCGACGGUUACCACCUUCCAUCAGGUGGGCCGUCAGCUUGUUUGCCAUUCUAAGUUGUAUAAAAAAAAACCAGGAACAGUUCGUUUAGAAAAACGAAUAAAUGAGGUGCCUUUUUUUUCCAACAAUUUUUCGAAUUAUUCCGUCUUAGGCCUCCUUACUACUUACCUAAUAAAUAUUUUAAGGACAAUAUAACUCUAUUGGGGUGUUAAAUGAAAAACGAGUUAAAAUAUUUGGGCUAUUUAUUUGAACAGUGUCACUAAUGUUAUUGUAACAUUCCAAUUUCUGAUAACAGCACAUUCUGGUUCAUAAAUAUUUAACAUGCUGUACGCAAUCGAAGUUCCGUAUAUUCUAGAAUCUGUGCACAUUUAUUUUUUAUUAGUGAAAUUAUUUCAAAGCUUGUUUCAUUGUUACCUACACAUUUUUUUGUCAACACCAAGAAAAAAUGUGAAGACAAUGCCAAAGAAUGAUUAGAUUGAAAUAAACAGUUGUUUCAGAAUUGAA